UUUGGGAGUUUGGGCGAGCUUGCAGUUCUUAGCCAUGCGCCUUUCUUUGCUUGGUCAAGAUGGUGCGGAAACAGGCUUGUCAUUCUCGUCGCCAACAGUCCCGCGACUGCGUUCUGGAGACCUUCAAGAUUUGGCCUGUUAUUUAGGUGGCCCAGUGCAGAAGCGCUUGAGUGCUAAGCGCCAUGCAGCAUCCUUCUUCAACGAGGCUGAUCUAGCUCCGCCAGGUGGUUUGCCACCCCCGAAUGGGUGGGGUGAAGGAAAUGAUUCUCCAUGCCAGACCUGUGCAUGCACGGAAACGCAUGGGGAUGGAGCUAGUGCUGAAGAGCCUGAUGUCGGCGAGGAUGCCUAUCCCAAGAUGGUCUUCCCGAAUGUGCCGCACCACUCCUUCUACCCGCACCGAAGGGGAUACAGGAUCAGCCACGCUCGAAUCUUCGGCCUUUUCUUCGCUGGACUUGGCUGUGGUUAUGCGGCAGCCAACUCGGCGACACAAAAGCAGAAGCAGGAGCUCGGUGAGGAUGAAGAGCUUGCAGGAAGUGCCGCAGAAGGUGCCUGAAUUCGGAACCCGAGAUUUGGACGAGCAGCAUAGAAAAAGCCUUUACCAUUUUGAUCCUGGCUUCAUCAUGUCAUGUCAGGUUGCUUGCAGGAUUGAUUAAUGGAUUCAUAUUGCUUCUGCAGUUUACACACAGUAAUCAUUGGAGCAUUGCAG